UCUCUUCCUCUUCAUAAGAAUCGGAAAAACAAAAUACAAGAACUCCAUACGAUUAAUACGAUAAACAUGACGAGAGAAAUAAAAGCUCCGAAGGGGCGCGUUAUCGUGCCCGGAUCGGCUUCCGGGAAGCUCAUUGUAUCGCAAACGCCACUGAGCUUCAUGAUGGGCGUAGAUCCAGUCACCGGAAUGAUUGUCGACCACCACCACCCUCUACAGGGACGUAUAAUCAAAGAUCAAAUUCUAGCUAUUCCUCGGGGAAGGGGUUCUUGUUCGGGUAGUGGAGUAAUAUUAGAGUUGCUCAUGCAAGGAAAGGGACCAGCAGCCUUCAUAUUCUCCAAGGCAGAGGAGAUAUUAACACUCGGCGUUCUCGUUGCGAAGGUCUUGUUUGAGAAGUCCAUUCCGAUAAUUGUUUUGGACGAAGCCGUGUUCGCAACGUUGUCCGAUGGAGAGACAGCGCAUAUUUCGGAGACGGCCCUGCGUCUCAAUUCGCAGCAGACACACAUUGAGCUUGCUCCGGCAACACUGCCUGACCCAUCCGGUUCUUCCAUCGCAAUCAGCGAUGACGAAAAGGAAAUGCUUUCCGGAUCGUAUGGAGAAGCACGGAAGGUAUCCAUGGAAGCAAUCUACCAUUUCGCGAAGCUACAAGGAGCCACAUCAUUCAUUCCCGUUUCUGGCGUCCACAUAGACACGUGCUACUAUUGUGGUCCUUCAACACUUCUCUUCGCCGAGCGUCUGCACUCCAUGGGUGGGAAGUUCGCUGGACCGACAACAUUGAACUCCAUCUCUGUUGACCGACGGCGUUGGCGAGAACUGGGCACCGAUCCCGCAUUCGGAGAAGCAGCGUCUAAAGUCGCAGAUCUAUAUGUUGCGAUGGGUGCGAAACCUAGUUUUACAUGCGCUCCUUAUCUACGCAACGACAAGCCAAAACUAGGUGAACAAGUCGGCUGGGCGGAGAGCAACGCAGUGGUCUUUGCAAACUCAGUGUUGGGUGCCAGGACACAGAAGUAUCCUGAUUUCCUAGACGUUUUCAUCGGGCUCACUGGAAGAGCUCCAGCUGCAGGAUGCCACCUUGAUGAGGGCCGCAAGCCAAAGGUCCUGAUAGAAGUUGAACACCUCGCAAAGGUAGAUGAUUCAUUUUGGCCAUUGUUAGGUCAUCGAGUAGGAGAGAUCAGUGAAUCUGACAUUCCUUUCAUUUCUGGAAUCGAACAUCUAAAGCCUACAAUCGCCGACCUGAAAGCCUUUGGUGCUGCAUUUGCAACCACGAGUUCCGCCCCAAUGUUCCACAUCGCCGGGAUUACCCCUGAGGCUUUACAGACAGUGCCUUUGAAGCAGAACCUCAGAAAUGCGAAGAUCGCUCUAUCUGUUCUCCAAAAGACACAUCGGCAGUUGAACUCAGCUCGUGACUCCUCACUUGGGCUGAUAUCGCUGGGAAACCCGCACUUCUCUCCCGAGGAAUUCAGGAUUCUCAGCGCAUUGUGCGAGGGAAGACGUCGACACCCCGACGUCCGGGUAGUAGUCACUACAAGUCGAGAGUCAUACGACAUGGCUGAAGCAGCAGGGCAUAUUGAUACAAUCACUGACUACGGAGCUGAGGUCAUCACAGAUACAUGCUGGUGCUUCAUCACCGAACCCAUUAUACCAGUACAUGUCAAGAAUCUAAUGACAACAUCGGGGAAAUACGCGCAUUAUGGACCGGGAAUGGUACAAAGAGGUGUUCAUUUUGGUAGUCUGGCCGACUGCAUCGAUGCAGCAUGCGCCGGCAAGCGAGAAUACUACGUUCCAACAUGGCUACAUGAACAGUCCUAGCAAAGUAG